AUGAACAUCGACGAGCUCGUCAACGCGCCUCAGAAAGGCCAUAGUCUGGCGGGCAUGUCGAUCCAGACGUUUCUGUCGUCCCUGGUGGUCGCCAUUGUCAUAUUCGGAAUCCAGCUGGCUAUUUUCAUUCUCAUUCGACCGAGAAUCAAAAAGCUCUACGAACCAAGAACAUAUCUGGUCCCCCCUGAACUGCGAGUCGUAUCUCCGGGAUCGGGCCUCAUAGACUGGCUCACAGCGACAGUCAGGUACGACAUUGAAGACGUGGUCGACAGAGGAGGCCUUGACUCGUACUUCUUUCUGAGAUUCAUGCGCAUGCUGCUGUGGAUCUUUGGAGUGGCAUGUUGCAUCAUCAUCCCCAUUCUCGUGCCCAUCAACGCCACGGGAAACACAGCAGACAUGCUCUCGGAGCCCACAGGAAUGGACAACCUCUCGUGGUCAAACAUCGGACCCUACAAGAGCUCGCGGUACUCGGCCCAUCUGGUCAUGGCUAUCGCCACGGUGAUUGUGCUGCUAGCUCUCUUCACUUAUGAGCUCAACGUGUACAUUGAAAAACGACACCGAUAUCUCACCAAGCCAAGUCACCAGAUCAGAGCCACGGCAACCACCAUCCUCAUCAAAUACGUGCCUGCUCAUUUGAGAAGCGAAAAGGCCAUCAAGAAUCUGUUCAGAAACCUAGGAGACGUGAAAAAUGUCUGGUUCACAAGAGACUACUCCAAACUGACUUCUCUUCUGUCGCUACAGAAGAAACGGUACCGACAACUCGAAUGUCUGGUGACCAAACGCAUAAUCAAGUCAGAAAAGACAUUCAAGAAAGACCCGGAGAAUGAUUCAGAGGAUACAACCAGAUAUCUUCCCAAGCCUGAGUCCAUAAGAUCUCCAUUGGCUACUGUUUUCGGCAUAGACAUCAAAAUUCCGUUUCUGGGCACUAAACACGACUCUAUCGAAUGGCAUUGCGAGGAGAUUGAACGGCUAACUAAAGAAAUUGCGGCUCUCAAGUCUGAAACAUCCCAGUUUGAGACAAUGCCCACUUGUAUGAUCCAAUUCAACACCCAGUUGGACGCCCAUGUGGCAUGUCAGUCUCUAUCUUACCAUAACCCCAACUUCAUGGACACACGACUGAUUGAGACAGACCAUAGAGAUGUCAUUUGGGCAAACAUGAGAGGUUCCUUCUAUGAGGAAAAGGUGAGAUUUGCCAUUGCUACCGCUCUCAACCUAGCUCUCAUCAUUGGCUGGGCCAUUCCAGUGUCUGUGGUUGGUCUCAUUUCUCAAAUCAGCUAUCUGACCCAGCUACUUCCAUUUCUGAGCUUUCUUAACGACCUCCCGGAAGCCAUCAAGGGAGCCAUCAGUGGUAUUUUACCCCCUUUGCUUCUUGCUCUGCUUAUGAUGCUCGUCCCCCCUAUUCUUACUCUUUUGGCCUACCUCAAGGGCAUUUCGACAGGUAUUCGAGUCCAGUUGGACGUUCAAAAGUACUACUAUGCAUUCCAGUACAUUCAGCUCUUCUUGGUCAUUACCGUCUCAUCAGGCCUGACGACUACUGUCCAACAAAUUGUAGAUACACCUACGUCGACGCCCACUAUUCUCGCCAACAAUCUCCCCAAAGCAGCAAACUUCUUCAUGUCGUAUCUUAUCCUACAAGGAAUGAUCACAUCGAUGAACAACAUGCUGCGAGUGGACGAGCUCAUUUUUCAUCUGCUGGCACGGAUUAUGCCUGCUACUACUGCCCACAGGAAGUUUUCUCGUCUGUCUUCCAUUUCCGAAGUCAUUUGGGGCAACACUUUCCCCACAUACACCAAUCUGGCGACUAUUGGUAUCAUCUACUCCAUCAUCAGUCCGAUCAUUCUCAUUUUCUGUCUCAUUUCGUUUUCUUUGACUUACAUGGCGUUCAAGUACCGUAUCAUCUACUGCAAUGUCAACCGAGUGAACUCUUACGGCUUGUUCUUUCCGACCGCAAUCUUCCAACUCUUCACGGGUAUCUACACACUUCAAUUGUGUCUGAUUGGUCUUUUCUUUUUGGUCAAAGACGAGAAACAGACGAAAUUCGUGUGCACCAAACACGCCAUCAUCAUGAUUAUCGUCCUGGCCUUCACCAUUCUGUACCAGCUGCAUCUGAGCUCGAAGCUCAAGGCCGUCAUUGAGUAUCUUCCUGUGGACAAAGCGGCAACUGACCUCAACAGUGAAAUUGUGUGUGAGAAGGGUAAACAGAGCAUUUCUCACAUUUUCACGGAAGGAGGCACCCAGUAUCACGAGAAGACUGAUGGUGUGAAGACCGAAGCAGGAGUAAAUGGAACCAGUAUCUCAAUCAGAGAGCUAGCAGACCUUCAAGAACUGGAAACUGUUCCUCUGACCCCGUACACAGUUCCAGAAAACCCAUUCGAGACUCCAGCAGCCCUGCCUGGACCUCAAACGCAGACAUCGGCUUCCAUCUCCUCUCCUCGGGUCAAAAACGUAGCAAUCAACACUCUCACCAGACUUGGUAGAAUUGUGUACACCGGUUCCGAAGACACUCGAACCACGGCCUCUCAGUUCAUGUACAGAGGCAUCUUUGACCAGCUCAACACGAAUCUCGAGUCGAUAUCGGCUGAUAACCGAGAGAAGCUGCUCAACAGAGCGUUUCUCCAUGAGUCUCUCCGAACGCCAGAUUACAUAUGUUGGGUUCCGGAAGAUGAGCUCGGGGUCGGAAUUCGAGAAAUCGGCCGGAUUCGCCAACAGUUUCCGCUCGUUCGCAUCUCCAACGACUCCUGUUACCUCCACAAUCAGAAGAUCAUGUUCACCAGGGCUCCUCCAGAUUAUGACGAGAUCAAGAACAUGAGGUUGUAG